AUAUUAUUGGUCUGAAGCGAUGCAGUUAAAGUUUUACCUCGAAGCUAUCAUCGGCAAUCUAUUUAUUUUCCUUGGAAUAAUCUCCACGCCAUGUUUUUGUAGCACUGGUGACGAUUGUCGAAAUAUCAUAUUUAGGGACCCAAAACCAAAUAUGGCAAUGAGAAAUCACGUGAUCAAAAGUGCAAAAGUGCCGAACGUUGGGAGCUGCAGGUUGAUGUGUUAUAUGGAGCCUAAUUGUGUGUCCAUCAAUAUUGGACCAGUAGAGGGAGAAAACCAAAACUGCGAGUUGAAUAACGCAACCGAGAAAAACCAAGCUCCAUUUCUUCUUGUGAAUAAAGAAGGUUACACAUAUCUUGCAAUCGAGAAUCCAUGCAGCAGCAGCUCGUGUUUGAACAAUGGCACCUGUCAAGCUGGAUUCACCAGUAAAGGUUUUCGUUGUGUUUGUCGCGAUGGAUUUACUGGAGAAAACUGCCAAGCUCUAAAAAAAAAUUGUGCCGACAUUUACAAAGCUGGGGAAAGAGAAGAUGGUAUGUACACUAUUAGGACUGAUAAUUUGCAAGCCUUUGAGGUAUUGUGUGACCAAACGACGCUGGGUGGAGGAUGGACUGUGUUUCAGAAGAGACUGAACGGCUCGGUUGAUUUCUACGUUAACUGGAUCGAUUACAAACAUGGCUUUGGUGACCUGAAUGGUGAAUUUUGGUUGGGAUUGGACAAGAUUCACCGCCUGACUUCAGAUGAUAACAACAUGCUACGUGUGGAUUUGGAAGACUUUGAAGGGAAUACUCGUUAUGCCGAGUAUUCCAAGUUUGGUGUUAUGAGUGAGAAUGACAUGUACAAGAUGACCCUUGGUGAUUAUUCAGGAAAUGCUGGUGACUCUCUCGCUUUGCAUCGGAAUAUGCCAUUCACCACAAGAGAUCAAGAUAAUGAUAAACAUGCUGAUAACUGCGCCAUUAAGUACAAAGGAGCCUGGUGGUACAAUAAAUGCCAGCACUCGAAUCUGAAUGGGUUUUAUUAUGGCGGUCAGCAUUCCUCUUUUGCUGAUGGCGUGAAUUGGUUGGACUGGACAGGGCGGCAUUACUCCCUCAAGAGAACCGAGAUGAAAAUAAGACCUGUGGAUUUCUGA